AACCAUGAGCAGCUCUGAGGAGGUGUCCUGGAUUUCUUGGUUUUGUGGACUGAGAGGAAAUGAAUUCUUUUGUGAGGUUGAUGAAGACUACAUUCAGGACAAGUUUAAUCUGACAGGACUAAAUGAACAGGUUCCUCACUACCGACAGGCUUUAGACAUGAUUCUGGACUUAGAACCUGAUGAUGAGCUGGAGGACAACCCCAAUCAAAGUGAUCUGAUUGAACAAGCAGCUGAGAUGUUGUAUGGUUUAAUCCAUGCCAGGUACAUUAUGACAAACAGAGGAAUAGCUCAAAUGAUAGAGAAAUGGCAGCAGGGAGAUUUUGGCACAUGUCCACGAGUGUACUGCGAGAACCAGUGUAUGCUUCCAAUAGGAUUGUCUGAUGUCCCUGGAGAGGCAAUGGUUAAGUUAUACUGUCCCAAAUGUCAGGAUGUGUACACCCCUAAAUCCUCCCGCCAUCAUCACACAGAUGGCGCUUACUUCGGAACGGGCUUCCCUCACAUGUUGUUUAUGGUUCACCCAGAGUACAGACCCAAACGUCCCCCCAAUCAGUUUGUACCAAGGUUAUACGGUUUCAAGAUUCACCCUCUGGCUUAUAACUUACAGUAUCAAGCAGCCUCAAAUUUUAAAAUGCCAAUGAGAAUGUCUCAUAGCAGUGGAAAACGAUAAACACUGAUCAGUUAGGACAAAAUGUAACAUUAACUCUCGGUCACCAAAUAAGAUAAACAUAUAGUUUCCCAGGAACUUAGUCAUAAAUUGUUAAAAAUUACUAAUUAUUACAUUUAGCUAAUUUAUGAUUUAUUUGUCCAGUUUGAGUAAAAAUAUUAGUUAAAGAAUGGCCACUAUUGUUUUUCUUUAACAUACCCUAUACAUUAUUAGUAAGUGCUUUUUUAAUUUUGAUGUCAAAAAUACAUCAUCUGUCUUAAUAUGUCAGCACAAAUUAAGAAGUACAUGUAUAUUAAUUCAUACAGGAGAUAUUAUUGUCAGGCUUUGUUUGGAAUCAACUUCUUAUAUUUUCUCUUCCUUUGAAGUACCGUACUCACAUUUGCAUACUAUGUGUAUUAUUAUGUUAAAAUAAAAGUGCUGUGAAUAUCUUA